GGCAGCUUUCUAGAUAAGCUGCAGCAUCAUUGAUAAGUUGGCUGUCUUUGGCUGUCCGUUUAUCAUCAGCUUAUCAUCUCAGCUGUCAGGAUGGGUGGCUGCUGGUCAUGGGUGAACUGUAGGUCUCACCGAGAAGCAGAACCCAAGAAUGAAGAUGAAGAUGAAGAGGGGGCACAGACUGGUCAUCCCAGAAAUCCAGCCCAUGUUGCCCCAAGUCCUGGGGAACCCACGUUGCAUCAUAUUCUGGGGGACCCUCGGAGGGAGGAGCCUAAUGAGGCAACCUUGGUCCCAGGACCCCUUCCAGGACUUCAUUUCCCUACUGACAUUCUGGGGAAAGAGCUCAAUAAGGAAGCCUCAAAGCUAGGAUCCCUUCCAGAACCUCACGUCCCCACAGAUAUUCUGGAGGAAGAGCUCAAUGAUGAAACAUCAGUGCCAGGAUCCCUUCCAGGACCUUGCAUCAACAAUGACGUUCUGGAGGAAGAGACCAAUGAGGCAACCUUGGUGCCAGGAUCCCUUCCAAUACUUUGUGUCCCUGCUGACAUUCUGGGGAAAGAGGUCAAUGAGGACACCUCAAAGCCAGGACCUCUUCCAGGACCUCACAUCAUCAAUGGUAUCCUGGGAGAAGAGCUCUACGAGGCAACCUCAGUGCCUGGAUCCCUUUCAGGACCUCUCAUUCCCACUAAUAUUCUCGAGGAAACGCUUAAAGAGGAAACCUCGAUGCCAGGAUCCCUUCCAGGACCUCACAUCACCAACGACAUUCGGGGGGAAGAGGUCAAUGAGGAAACCUCAGUGCCAGGUCCUUCCAUCCCCACUGGCACUCCAAAGGAAGAAGCUUUUGUGUCAGAGACCUUUCCAGAGCCUUCCAUUGCUGACAAUGAUCUUGAGAAAGAAAUAGAAAUCCUCACAGGAUUACAGAAUGACUAUGUCCAGCGGCAAAUGAGGGUUCGCCGCAUUUCCCAAGAGUUCCCUCGUUCUCUCCGGGCCAUUAAUCUGCAAAUCGGACACGCACGAACAAGGCUCAUCCACAGUGAAGUUCGGCUGCAGCGGUGGGGAAAGGAAGGUGACCAAGCUCUGAUGCCUGUAAUUCAGACAGCUUCUCGUGAUGUUCCUGAAGGCCCUGCUGCGUGUCUCCGCCCCCCUGUGUCCAGUUCAUCAUUAUCUUCGGCCUCGCUGGAAGUUGGCUCCAUCCCACCCUUCGCCUCCACCUCUUCUUUCCUCCUGCAUCCCUCUCCCCCUCCCCCUCCCCCUCCUUCCCCACUUCCACUAGAGCCGGACCUCAGCAAUGUGAGAGAAACUCUCCAGAGUUUGAUGGAUUUGCAGUUCCAUCAGCUGAAUGACUGCCAAAGAGACCUCCGCAGCUGCCAGGAAUGUGUGCAAAACAUCAAGGCACUGAGGGGACAGCUCCGGAGACUGCGGAGCAGACUGGCAAGGGUGGAAGCCACCAUGGGGAUCCUGGUUCCUCCAAAGGAGCUGGAUGUUGAGGAGGAAAAGGAGAAAGACCAAAACCAGCAAUAAAAUGCUGCAUAUUUAUUUUAAAAAUAUUAAACUUUUGUUUUAAUAGGAUGGGAUGUAGAUAUAAAAGCAAUAGAACAUGCAUAUUUACUGCUUAAAAUUAAAAAGUUGA